UGUUUUUAAAUCAAGUUUAGAAAAGUCCACUCAAGCUUGGUGGUGGUGACGUUGAAGUCAAGCGGCCGUAGUGUAGUUAGUUUAGAGCAUAUUGUUAGGUUUUUGUUUUCUGGCGAUUGUAUUAGGCUUCAAGCUUCAUAAAACGUUGUGUUGAUUUGUGAAAAGUAUCUUGAUGGACAAAACGCGUUAGUAUUGUAAAGUUUUGUUGAUCACAGAGAUUAUUUUCUGCGAUAAUCCAAAAACCUAUGGGAAAAUCCUAUUGGGUUUUUUGUGGAGGGAACAAGAGUGAUGCUAACUUCCGGGUUCGAGUACGACAUGACGUCAUCCCAGCGCCACUCUAUUGAGCGCUACAUGGACCACGUGACUGCGUGGCGGCGAGAUCAAAGAGUGUCGCCACUCUUUUCAACACACAGAGAGAGAGAGAGAGAGAGAAAGAGAAAGCUCGGAUUUUUUCUUCACGACUGGGUCACGGGGAACCUGAAGCCUAUCCCAGGAAGCAUCGGGCACAAGGCCGGGUACACCCUGGACAGGGUCUUAAUAAGAUAUGUCUGAUUGGUGUUUAAGAACACAGGGAGUGUUGAGGCUUUAACACAGACACUUCUCAUUCAGUCAGUCAUCAGUGUGACAGGAUGGAGCUCCGUCCACUCUGUGUGUUUCUCUUGCUGACUGGACUCAUUCACUGUACACAAACAGGAGUGCUAAAGGCCACACUCAGAGUGCAGUCUGGUGGGACACAAGUAUUCAGAGGAGAGACUGUCACCCUUAAGUGUGAUAUAGAGGGAGGAGAAGACAAGUGGACUUAUAGCUGGUACAAGAAUGGAGCUGAAAAUCCUACUAUAAAGCAAAGUGAAAACACCUUUGAGGUGAGCGAUGAGGCUACAUUUACCUGCAUGGGAAACCGUAUUGGAGGUGACCCACAGAGCACAGAAAUGAGCGAUCCUGUUACACUGUCUGUGUCAGAAAAACCCAAACCGACUGUGAGUGUAAAUCCUCAGAGCUCCGUCUACACUGGAGACAGAGUUACUCUGACCUGUAAUCUGCUGUCUACUGGAUGGACUUUUCUCUGGUGCAAAGAUUAUCAGAAAUCAAAUCCCCUGUCUCCUGGAACCAGAAACACCAACACACUCAGUGUAACAGUCACUAAUGAAGGAGAAACACAGUACUACUGUAAAGCACAGAGGGGAAACUACGACUCAGAGAUCAGUGAUCCAGCCACAAUUACAGUGAGAGCGAGACCAAAGCCUGCAGUGAAAGUACAGCCAGCUAAGCGUGUGUUCAUUGGGGAAACCGUCACUCUCACAUGUGAGAUACAGACUGGAGAAUCCUGGCGUUACCUCUGGUAUAGAAAUAAUGAAGAACUCAGUGAUGCUGCAGGAAAGAAAACAUACACAAUCUCUAAGGUUAAAACCUCUGAUAAAGGUGAUUAUACAUGUAAUGGAACACAGUCAUCAGACCCUAAAUACACACUGACCAGUGAUGCUGUUACACUGACUGUGUCAGAAAAUCCUAAACCUGAACUCACAUCAGAUCUUAAAGGAGAUGUACUGACAGGAAACUCAGUGACUCUGUCCUGUACAUUGAAGCCACAGUCUGCUGGAUGGAAGUUUUGCUGGAUCAAAACCACACAGAGCACUGAGACUGAGACUGAGACUAAAACACAGUACUACACCAUCAGAUCAGUUAGUGUCUCUGAUGGAGGUCAGUACAGGUGCAGAGCUGGAAGAGGAAAUCCAGUCUACUACACAGACUACAGUGAUGCACUCUGGGUAAAUGUUACUGAGAGUCCUAAACCUGUGGUGACCAUAAAGCCUCAUAAACAUGUGUUCAGAGGAGAGACUGUGACUCUCAGAUGUGAAAUACAGGGAGGAGGAGACACUGAGUGGACAUACGACUGGUAUAAGAAUUAUUACACACUCUACAUAUUCCACACAACACAGGAGUUCGGCUUCAGAUCAGUUAGAAAUGAUGACAGUGGUAAAUACACCUGCAGAGGGAGGAGAAACAGUGACUCUCAGAGAUCAGAGAUCAGUGAUGCUGUUACACUCACUGUAUCAGAUGCAGCAGAGGCAGUAGUGAGUGUGUCUCCACUGUGCUGGCUGACUGAAGGAGACUCAGUGACUCUAAGCUGUGAGGUUAAACACUCCUCUACAGGCUGGACAUUCAGCUGGUACACAGAGGUUCCCUCCAGAAACGGCUUAAUUAAAAUGACAGGCAGUCGUGGCAAUGUCUUGUAUGGUUCAAAGCUUCUCUCAGACAGCAGCAGAGGAUCUGGAGGCUCCUACACUCUCAGUCCUGUUACUGUGAAACACACAGGAGUUUAUAUGUGCAGAGCAGAGAGAGGAGAAUCAGUCUUUCACACACGGUUCAGCAACCUACAGCCACUGUGGAUCACUGGUGCAUCUCCUCGAGUGUCUCUGAUCAUCAAUCCCAGCAGAACUCAACACUUUACUGCUGACUCUCUCUCACUGAGCUGUGAGGACCAGAGUGACUCUACUGGAUGGACAGUGAGAAGAUACACACACAGUGAGGCAGUGUCUGAUUGUUCAUCAGUUUCAGGAUCUACAUGUAACAUCAGCUCCCUCUCUACAUCACACACUGGAGUUUACUGGUGUCAGUCUGAAUCUGGAAGACGCAGUAAUCCUGUCAACAUCACAGUGCACAAUGGUGAUGUGAUCCUGGAGGGUCCUGUCCAUCCUGUAACUGAGGGACAUCCUCUGACUUUACGCUGUUUACAUCGCAACUCAAGUAUCUCAGACUUUGGUGUUAAUUUCUAUAAAAAUGAUUCAGUUCUCCAGUCCCAGACUACAGGAGAGAUGACCGUCAGUACUGUCUCAAAGUCAGAUGAAGGUUUCUACCACUGUAAACACCCAGAGAGAGGAGAGUCACCGAAAAGCUGGGUUUCAGUCAGAGCUUCAGAUUCUGGAUCUACUGGUGUAAUUAUUGGACUGAGGUUUGCCUUCGUGUGUGUCAUCUUAAUGAUCGUACUGAUCCUGCUGCUGCACUUCAAGAAGAAAAAAGGUGUGGAAUAUCAGACUCCUUCUACAGUAAAUCAGGACACCAAUCAGCCUGCAGAUGGUGAUAACAUCUACGAAAAUGCUGAUAUCAGGACCACAGAUGAUUCUGCAGCUGGAACCAGCAAUAUGAUCCACUCACAGGAUGUCCACAGAAACAAGACACAAAAUGAUGCUGCUGCUGGACUGAGUGAUGUGACUUAUGCUGAUAUUGAACUGAAAAACCAAAAGAAGCCAAAGAGAAAACAAGGAAAGAGCAGUGAGGGAGCUGACACUGUUUACUCAGAACUGAAGCAGAACACAGAUAAAGAGAUUUAGAAAUGUGCAAACAGAUGAAGGCACAGCAAUACAAAUCACCCAGAGAAUAGGCAAGGAUUAAUAGCCUGGAAGUCAGAACUGGGACAUAAGUACCAUAAAGACGCUGGAUUUAAGAAAUUACUUGGUAGUAUUUCAACAAUCCUUUCAGUAUUAUCACCAUUUGCAAUUGUUCAAACAAAUAACUGUGUAUUUGGCUGGGCAUCACAACAGGGGUUUCAAAGGGAAGAGAAAAAGUCCUGUGAGGCCCUCUAGUGGCUGGUUGCAGUGCAAUUUAGACCAGUUCAGUUUAGCUUUCAGUUUAAUUCUGCUCUUAAAAAAAAAAAAACUAUUUUAGUUUUAAACACAGAAUCAAAAUUGAUUUACUGGCUGGAUUCCAACAUUGCACUUGAAUAUACUUGGUAAUCAAUGGGGCAAUUAUCAACGUAUGCACAUGAGUACAAAGAAAAUCAGUGUUAAUGAAAAAAUUGGCUAAAUUUUUAGUUCAGUUUGGCCUUCAGAAAUAUUUACACAUAACCAUAGUAAAUGUUUGAUAAAUGGCACCCAAUAAUAGUUAUAUCAUUAAUAACUAAAUGAUAUAAGAUGUCAUUUUUGUGUAGGUCCAUGAAGAAAGUCUAAAGUCUCCAAUCAGGACUUGUUGAAACAGCUAAAGAACAUAUUUACAUAUUUAUACACAUAUUAGGGGGCACAUUGUAGUGUCUGGAAAGCUUGGGGGGGGGUUUUUCUUGUUUUUUUUGCUUAAUACAAAACUAUGCAUUGUACCAACUCCUGAUAUGAAUGUUAAAGGAGGAACAGGGAGCCAUUUUAAAAUUAUAUUUCCUAUUGUUCACAGUGGGUCAGAAUUGGCUUUAUCCAGGUUAAAUUAAGUUUCCAGUUUUCAUUCACUGGAUCAGUAUAAUUUAUAAGCUGGCAGUGUGGAUUACUAAGUGUUCACUCGUAUAUUGUAAUACUGAUCUUAAUGACAAAUAAAACAUGAAUAAAAAGUAUAUAUUGUUUCACAGUAAAAACUAGAUUUUUCUUACAUAUUUCUGUCAACGUUUAAUUUCUUAUUGUAUGUGAAUUAUUUUAUUGAAGUUAAGAUUCAUUCAUGUUUUUUUGUUUAUUUACUCAUUUAUGCUAUUUACCUAUUAGUGGAUUGUAAACAAAUUGCAUUUGUCAGUUUAGGAAUAAUCAGAUAUUUUGUCUUCACUGCUUUAAACAGUCAAUGAUGCAGUAUUGUCUUUGAGUGAGCGGUCCGUGGUCUUUUGGCACAUGGACUGAUAUUGUGUCUAAUUUUAUACCUUUAAUCUUUUUUAGUUUAGUGCCUCUAUAAUAUGUAAAUUAAUAUUUUUUAAAAUAAUUAUAUAAUACUAUGUAUAUUUUAUCCUAAAAAAAGUAAAGUAAUAGAUGUCAUCAUUUUGAGUAAGAUAAUGUACUUUCUUUUGUUUUUCUCUGGUUUAUUGAUUUCAUCCAGCAGGAUGUGUUAAGUGUUACAGGAACAAAAGAAAUAUAAGUCUGUAUACAUGCUGUGUGAAGAGCUUUGAAUAAAAAUUACUU